AUGAAAGUGCAGGGGUACGCCAAUGUGGUGACACUUCCUAACGUAACGGGGCGCGUCAUAAUUGUAGGAGACAUUCAUGGAUGUCGGGCGCAAUUAGAGGAUUUGCUUCGUGCGGUCUCCUUCAAGCAGGGGAGUGACACAUUAGUUGCGGUGGGUGACUUGGUGAACAAAGGACCAGAUUCCUUUGGUGUGGUCCGCCUUCUCAAACGCCUUGGGGCUUACAGCGUACUCGGCAAUCAUGAUGCGAAACUGCUCAAACUUGUCAAAAAAUUAGGCAAGAAGGAGUGUCUAAAGGGGAGGGACGCAAAAUCUUCCUUGGCUCCGCUGGCGCAAUCCAUACCUACUGAUGUGGAGACAUAUUUGUCGCAGCUUCCGCACAUCAUCCGCAUCCCCGCCCAUAAUGUGAUGGUGGCGCAUGCUGGACUUCACCCGCAACGUCCAGUGGAUCGCCAAUACGAGGAUGAAGUCACCACUAUGCGUAAUCUUAUUGAGAAAGAACAAGAGGCCACGGGUGGAGUGACGCUUACGGCCACGGAAGAAACAAAUGAUGGCGGCAAGCCGUGGGCCUCGAUGUGGCGCGGUCCUGAAACGGUGGUGUUUGGCCACGAUGCACGGAGAGGUUUGCAGGAACAAUACAAACCGUUAGCAAUAGGAUUGGAUAGCCGCUGCGUGUACGGCGGGAGACUCUCCGCCGCGGUAUUUCCUGGUGGUUGCAUCAUUUCGGUCCCGGGUUGGAACGGAGCGUCGGCGGCGGCCUGA